GUCAACCUAAUGGUGUUCUAUGGUCACGUGGAAAAUUCCUUGGGGGGACAAGUGGGAUAAAUAACAUGCUACACCUUCGCGGAAAUAGCCGUGAUUACGAUCGAUGGGAGAUGGACAGGAAUACCGGAUGGGGGUGGAUGUCAGUUUUGCCAUAUUUUAAAAAAUCCGAAGAUAUGAUUAAUGAACAGUUGAUGAACACUGUGGCAGCUACUAAUCAUGGUAGAGGAGGACCUCUUAAAAUUAACACCUUCCGCAGUACAGAUCCCAUGAGGGAUGUCCUCCAAAAUGCAGCAAUUGAACUUGGGCAUCGAAUAAUCUCAGAUAUCUACGGGGAAGAGUAUUUAGGAUUUGGCAGUGCUUCUGCUACCAUCGACAAUGGUACGAGGUAUAGUACGGCAAGAGCUUACUUAGUUCCAGCACGAGAUCGUCCUAAUCUCCAUGUAAUCAAGAAUGCGCACAUAACGAAAGUUAAGAUCGAUCCUCUGACUGUAACUGCAACUGGAGUUUACUUGACUUUCAACCGAAUGACUGAGAUGCUCGUAAAUGCAAGAAAAGAAGUAAUCCUGUCCGCAGGAGUCAUCAACACUCCACAAAUUCUUAUGCUUUCCGGAAUAGGUCCUCAAAAAUAUAUGAAAAAACUGAACAUUCCAAUGGUCACAGAUUUGCCUGUAGGAAGAAAUCUUCUAGAUCAAAUAGCUGUGCCAUUCUUCAUGAAAAUCCCAAAACCAAGAGAAACAUCUCUGAGGGACAUAUUUUGGAUUUUGUAGGAUUCUUCAACACGGUUAACUUAACAGAUCGCUUCCCAGAUAUUCAAUUUCAGUACAAUCUCUUCAAGAUGGGUGACAAAGCGAUCUUCCCCAAGUUCCUGGAAAUUAUGGGAUACGAAGAGAGUGUAACCAGAGCUCUGGAAUCUGCUAUAGAACAAGGAGAUCUCUUGGUAGCCUGGAUUAUACUCCUACAACCGAAAUCAUUUGGAAAAUUGAAAAUGCAAACGGCUAAUCCUCUCGAUACUUUGCUAAUAAGCAACAAAUACUUGGAGAAACGCGAUGAUUUGGACACUCUUGUACGUGGAAUUGAAAUGCAAAAGAAUUUUCUCCUCACAAUGGCCUUCCAGCAGCAUAUGAUUGCAGAACUACAAAUUCCCAUUCUUACAUGCGGCAUAAAUGAUGGAACUAAACGAUAUUGGGAUUGCUACUGCAGACAAAUGGUUACAACUGCAUACAAUUCGGUGGGAACUGCCAGAAUGGGACCAGAUACUGAUCGUAAUGCUGUCGUUGAUCCCCGGCUUAAUGUGAGAGGAGUCAGUGGACUCAGAGUUGUGGAUGCGAGCAUAAUGCCGAGCCUUCCAAGUGGUGGAAUUGCUGCUCCAACAGUAAUGAUUGGAGAAAGAGCAUCGGACAUUAUCAAAGAAGACUGGAUUGCCAAAGAAUCUCUAGCUACACGUCAAGAACUCUAAGAAUCUCCCUAAAUAACUGCAUGAUAUACUAAAAUCUUUAAUCUCAAAAUAUUUUUACUAACGGAUAUGGGUAUUUUAGAUCUGUUACGGAUACGAAGAAUAAACCUUAUUAUCAUAAGAAAUCUUUAAAGUUAUUUUAAAUUACUUUUGAUAAAACUUUAAUAGGGAAAAGUCUGGGAUUUAAUUCUAAUUGAACUUCUAAAUAAAACUCAUUUCGCGACUGUAGAAUCUGAAAACGUUCAUGUUGCAUGUUGAUUUCAAAAAUUCUAACUUAAUUCUAAUUAGAUUCGAUAUAGAAGCCUUGCUUUGAAGAAUAGAAACUACCUAAUUGCUUCCUGUUGUUUCUAUUUUAGAUUCCCAACCUCUUUUUCUCCAUGCAACAUUCGAAGUACGAUUGGGAUUUCCGCGCUGAAAAGUCCGAUAAGGCCAGUAAAUCCAUUAAAAAUGGUAGCUUCUGGCCACGCGGCAAAAUGUUGGGAGGCUCGAGCUCAAUUAAUGCCAUGGUUUACAUUCGAGGCAAUAGUCGGGAUUACGAUCAGUGGGAGGCAAACGGGAAUACAGGAUGGGGAUGGAAGGAUGUUCUGGAAUAUUUCAAAAAGUCCGAAGGCAAUAAGGAUGAAUUAAUUUCCGAAAGUGAAGAAGGGAAAUUCCACGCAAGAGAAGGACCUCUGAAGGUUGAACUAUUUGCCAGUACAGAGCCACUCAAGUUUAUUAUAACAGGAGCUGCUGAUGAAGUUGGAUAUGAAAAUCUGGAUGAUGUGAAUGGUGAAAACUACAUUGGAUUUGCUCAAAUUCAAGGAACUAUUCACAACGGGCGUCGCCACAGUGCAGCUAAAGCUUUCUUGAACCCAGUAAAGGAACGUCCGAAUUUGCACAUCGUUAAGCUGGCUCAUGUCAUCGAUCUCCAGAUGGACAAGGAUACAGUAACUGGAGUUAAAGUGAACAUCAACGGAACGAAAGAAUUAAUUGCAAAGGCAAAGAAGGAAGUUGUCUUGUCAGCUGGAGCCAUUAAUACACCACAAAUCUUGAUGCUUUCGGGUAUUGGACCAGAGAAGCAUUUGAAGAAAAUGAAGAUCCCUGUUGUCAAGAAUUUAGCAGUAGGAAGAAACCUUCAGGAUCAUCCAAUUGUUCCACUAUUCUUCGGUUUCCACAAAUCUGAUGCUCUCUCAGUUAGUAGGGAAGAAAUCAACGAUGCCAUGUAUAUGUACCUGAUCCACAACAUCGGAAUGCUCACAAAUCACGGCACAAUCGAUACAAUGGGAUUUGUCAAUACUAAGAAUGACAGUGUAUUCCCAGAUAUUCAGUACCAUCAUUUCUCAUUCAAGAAGUUAGCUCCUGAAUUAUUCUUUGUUCUAUCAACUAUCUCCUUUGAGCAACCAAUAGUUGAGACUGUGAUCAAGGAGAACAAGGAUCAGGACGUUAUUAUGGUACUCGUUACUCUACUGAAUCCAGUUUCAAGAGGAAAGAUUGUCUUGAGAAGCAAUGAACCUGAGCACAAACCGAAAAUUUAUUCAGGCUACUUGGAAGAAAAGGCCGACGUUGAUACAUUCAUCAGGGGAAUUAAGAUCUACUAUGACAAAUUCCUACCUACUGAAGCUUUCAAGGCAAAUGAAGCCAAAUUCAUUCGAGUUCCUAUUCCCGAAUGCGAUAAACUUGAAUUUGAGAGUGAAGAAUACUGGGAGUGUUACACCAGAAACUUGGUUACAACUCUCUACCAUCCAGCUGGAACAGCCAAAAUGGGACCAGAUACUGACAAGGAUGCUGUUGUAGAUCCUAGAUUGAAGGUGAAGGGUAUUAAGGGUCUUCGUGUGGCUGAUGCCAGUAUCAUGCCAGAAGUUGUAUCUGGAAAUACUAAUGCUCCCACAAUUAUGAUCGGUGAGAAGGCAUCAGAUAUGAUUAAGGAGGAUUGGCAGGAGAAACACGAAGAAUUGUAAAGUGUUAGAAUCAUUAUAUGCGAAAUAAAUGUCUUUUUAACACGUU